AUGCAGAAGAUGGAGCAGUUUGGGAAGACCUUUGAUCCCUCGCUCCUGACCUUGUGUUAUUUCAGCUACCAGAGGCACCCCAAGGCAAACAAGUUGGGCACGUUUCCCCGCCGUAAACAUUAUCCUUGUUGCAUCAGCGGCCUGGGAGCGGAGGAGGGUGGGCAGACAGUGGACACGCUGGACGCGGAGCAGGAUCCACGCAGGAGGCACAAAGCGGACACCGUAUUCUUCAUUUGCGGCUUUAACACGAUGGAGCCUGCCUUCGGUGAAGUGAACCAACUCGGUGGUGUUUUCGUAAACGGCAGGCCGCUCCCCAACGCCAUCCGGCUCAGGAUAGUGGAGCUGGCCCAACUCGGGAUUCGACCCUGUGACAUCAGCAGGCAGUUGCGCGUGUCCCACGGCUGUGUCAGCAAGAUCCUGGCUCGCUACAACGAGACCGGCUCCAUCCUCCCGGGGGCAAUCGGAGGCAGCAAGCCGCGGGUCACCACACCCACCGUUGUCAAACACAUACGGACAUACAAGCAGAGAGACCCGGGGAUUUUUGCCUGGGAGAUCCGGGACAGGCUACUCGCUGACGGGGUUUGCGACAAGUUCAACCUGCCCUCCGUCAGCUCCAUCAGUCGGAUCCUCCGAAACAAGAUUGGGAAUCUGUCCCAGCAGAGCCAGUAUGAGUCGGGCAAGCAGGCGCCUCAUCCACCGCCACAACCAACGUUACCCUACAACCACUUAUAUUCAUACCCGACGUCCAAAGUGCCCACUCCCCCUGGCAUGCCCACCCUUCCCGGACACAUGGCCAUGCACAGGAUAUGGCCUUCCUCGCACUCUGUAACUGAUAUUCUGGGGAUACGGUCUAUUACAGAGCAACAAAUUAGUGACAGUCCAUCCUUUCCCAGCACCAAACUAGAAGAAUGGAGCGCUAUUAACAGGACUAAUUUCCCACCAGCAAGCUCUCCACUAGUCAAUGGCGUGGAUAAGGCGCAUUUAGAACCUGAGGCAAAAUACACACAGACGCCGAAUGGCUUGCCCACAGUGAACAGCUAUGUCACAGCACCCAGCAUCCCUCCCUACCACCCUCCCACCCAAGUGUCACCCUACAUGGGGUACAGCGCCACCACGUCGGCCUAUGUGACCGGACCCACAUGGCAGCCAGCCAGUGGCAAUGCUCUAUCUCCCCACAGCUGUGACAUCGCCACUCCGCUGGCCUUCAAGAGCAUGUCAGCCAACCGUGACGUCAUCCACCCAGUCGCCGCCUCGGCGCUGUGA